AUGAAUGGCUGCAAUCAGGAAGAAAAACUGGUGAUAGUUGGAGAUGGAGCCUGUGGAAAGACCUGUCUGCUCAUAGUGUUCAGCAAAGAUCAGUUCCCUGAGGUUUAUGUGCCCACAGUGUUUGAAAACUAUGUGGCAGAUAUUGAGGUGGAUGGUAAACAGGUGGAGCUGGCUCUGUGGGACACAGCGGGUCAGGAGGACUACGACCGCCUGAGGCCUCUCUCCUAUCCCGACACAGAUGUAAUCCUCAUGUGUUUCUCCAUUGACAGCCCUGACAGUUUGGAGAAUAUUCCAGAGAAGUGGACUCCUGAGGUCAAGCACUUCUGUCCCAACGUGCCCAUUAUUCUCGUGGGAAACAAGAAAGACCUGAGAAAUGAUGAGCACACGCGCCGAGAAUUAGCUAAGAUGAAACAGGAACCAGUGAAGUCGGACGAGGCGAGGGACAUGGCUAACCGCAUCAAUGCCUUUGGUUACUUGGAGUGCUCAGCAAAGACGAAGGAUGGAGUGCGGGAGGUGUUUGAGAUGGCCACCAGGGCGGCGCUGCAGGCCAGGAGGCGAGGCAAGAAGAGCGGCUGCUCUCUGCUAUAGAGUGUCAGGUCUCACAGGAUGGGGAGGGGGAAAUAAACUGGGCCAAAAAAACCAUCCCUCCUCUGUGUCUGCUUUGACCCAAAGGUGGACACAGAUAAACGGGGCGGUAUAGGGAUCAGAGAGAAAAGUCAAACCAGACUAAAGGGGAAAUAGAAAGGUCAAAUGCAUUGGGAAAAGGGAGUAUAAGGUUAUAGCUCUUAGCUUUCAAAUAAAAAUACUGUAAUCUUGUGUUUAGGAUUCAUUAGACAUGAAAUUAUAAAGAGAAUGUGAAAAGAAUCCUACUUUUUAAAGUGUGGGAGGGUAUGUAGGCUUUCCAGUUCUCUGAAUGGAGUGGUAAACCGUAGCUCUAUGGUUAGUGGUUGAGAGCAGCUCCAGAGGAGACGAGGUGCGUCAGAGCACCCACGGAUGUGUGCCUGCCUAACUAACUGUGGGAAGACUUCGUGGCUUGCAGUGUGACUCUGCUUGUCUUUUUUUUUCCUCCUUUCUUUCCCGGGGGAAACAUAGACCGACCUAACAUUAUAUGGUCCCAUGCUUCUGUUUUAUCAACCUCUACUAUCUGAUAAUGUUCAUUCAUUUAAAAAG